AGAGGCCGACCCAAGUGAUAAACAUAUUCAAAAUGAUCGAGACAGAACACCACUGUACAUAGCUGUUGAACAAGGGUACAAUGAUAUAGUAGAGAUAAUCUCGUACAACUUGCACAGCUCCGUCUUUGAAUGGACCAGAUGGUAGUGCUGUUAUGCGUAUUAAGAAUCAGGACCAAGCUAAGAGCCCUGGUGGAAGCCUCUACAAAAUUGUGGAUAGUGAUGCUCUGUAUGCGGCUGCCAUAGCCAGAGAUGCUGAUGCCAUAGCUGCAUUGGAGAUGCAUGCUGGUAAACGGAACAGACGCGAAGAAACUAUCCUUCACACAGAGUCCAGAAAAGGAAAAACAGAACACGUGCGAUUUAUAUUAAGGGAGUUUCCGGACAAAAACCUUCUGGUCAAGCUUAGCACAGUUAAAUGGACUGCACUUCACUUGGCAUCGUCUGAAGGACACACAGAAGUGGUUGCGAUCCUCAUUGAUGCUGCUACACAUUUACUGCCUCCUUCUCCACAUGAUGAUAAUACUGAUGAUGAUAAUCCAGUUACUUCAUUCCAAGCUUUCCUUAGGCAAGCUGAUAAAUGGUUGGAAACUGCCUUAUACAGAGCAGUUGAGAAAGGUCACGCUCCUAUUGUUAAGCUAUUAGUAGAGGCCGACCCAAGAGAUAAACAUAUUCAAAAUGAACGAGGCAGAACACCAAUGUACGUAGCUGUUGAAAGAGGGUACAAUGAUAUAGUAGAGAUAAUCUCUACAACUUGCACAGCUCCGUCUUUGAAUGGACCAGAUGGUAGUGCUGUUAUGCGUAUUAAGAAUCAGGACCAAGCUAAGAGCCCUGGUGGAAGCCUCUACAAAAUUGUGGAUAAUGAUGCUCUGUAUGCGGCUGCCAUUGCUAGAGAUGCUGAUGCCAUAGCUGCAUUAGAGAUGCAGGCAGAUAAACGGAACAAAUACGAAGAAACUAUCCUUCACACAGAGUCCAGAAAAGGAAAAACAGAACACGUGCGAUUUAUAUUAAGGGAGUUUCCAGACAAAAACCUUCUGGUCAAGCUUCAAAAUCGUAAAGGGACUGCACUUCACGUGGCAUUGUAUGCAGGACACACAGAAGUGGCUGAGAUCCUCGUUAAUGCUGCUACACAUUUGCUGCCUACUACUUUUCAAGCUUUCCUUAGGCAAGCUGAUGAUAAAAUGGACACUGCCUUGCACGCCGCAGUUCAGAUGAAAAAUGUGGCCCUCGUUGAGCUAUUAGUGGAGGCCGAUCCAAGUGAUUCACAUACACAGAACAGUCAAGGUGAAACACCAAUCUACAUAGCUGUCGAAAGAGGGUACUACGAUACAGCGAAGAUGAUUUGUACAACUUGCACUGCUCCUACUAAUUUGGAGGUUCCUAGUGGUAGCACCACUGUUUUACAUAUUCUUAUCAAGAAGGCCGCCCAAGAAGAAGAUACAGAUGCUAUUGAAAAUAUAGAUGCUAUUGCGGAAAUCAUCCUAAAACCCCUAAAAGUUGUUAAUAAUUAUCUGCCUGGGAAGUCUAAGAUGAUUAGAACUGACGAGGAAAUCAUCCUAGAACCCCUAACAGUUGAAGAUAAUUAUCUGCCUGAGAAGUCUAAGAUGAUUGAGCUCUGGGAUAGAACUGACGAGGAGAGAUGCACCAUUUUGCAGUUGGCUGUAGAGAGAAAUCAUUUGAAGAUUGUUAAUUUAAUAUUGCAAGCCGUUGAAUCAAUAGUAUCUGCGGCUUGUAGUUGUAGUUUGAUGGAUGUCGAGCCUGUAAUUCGCACUUUCAUGAGUAUCAAGUCUUUGAGUUACAAAGCCAUGGAUAAAGAACACAUUGAUAUGUUCAACUCACUCACCACAGCAUAUGAAGCAUGCAAAGAGCAGGUCCCAAGGAUUGGAAAUAAAGUGGAUAGAUACAAAAUGUGGUUGAUUUCUGCUAUUUGUCACCGCCAAGAAGAAUCGGUAAUUAGCAUUUUGAAGGAGGAAUUUUAUCUUGAACACCCUGUAACCUUUGCCGACAAUCUAGGAUGGACGGCCCUUCAUCAUGCAGCAUACCACGAAUUUGAUACAGUGAUUCAUGCUAUAGUGGAAGCACAAAAAAGGUUCAGACACUCAUUUGUAUACCAAGAUAUGUUAUCAACACCUUUUCAGGUAGCAGCAGCAAAAGGGUAUACUUCUACGGUCAUAUGUCUUAUGCAGUCAUGGCCAUCUUCGUCAUCAGCAUAUACUGUUGUUGAUAAAAAUGAACGAAGUAUACUACACUUAGCCGCAUUGCAAAGUAAAAAAGAGAUGAUACAAGGCAUUUUAAAAUAUUGUUCGCAAGAGUUGAAGGAAGAGUUUGUCAAUAAGCAGGAUAAAAAUGGUGAUACACCACUUCACAUUCUUAUCAGGCGUGGUUGCUUUAUUCCUGAACUCCUGAAAUAUGAAGGGCUUCAUUUAAGGGUAAAAAACAAGAGAGGUUGGACUGCUGCUGAUAUGUUAUAUUCUGAAGAGAAAGUUAUUGAUGAUCAGGUACAAAUCAAACUUGUAAUUGAUGGUUUGCAUCCAUCAAAGGAUAUUUUUUCAAAUUCUGUGUUGCCAAGUAUACGAAUGAAAGAAGAUAAGAUUCUUCAUGAACAAGCAAAACUGAAGGUGCAAGGAAAGUACGCAGCAAUGAAAGGAGAUACUGAUGCCAUUGCCACUUGUUUUGCCGAUGCCAUUGCUGGAGAUUCUAUUUCCGCAGCAGCAUUGAAGAUGAAAGCAGAUAAACCGAAUGAAUUGAAAGAGACUAUCCUUCACGUUGAAUCAAAAAAGGGAGAUAUAGAAAACGUGCGACUCAUUGUGAGUGAGUUUGCAAACAAAAGCCUUUUGGGGAAGCUGGAUAGAUCGAAACAAACUGCACUUCACCUUGCAGCACAACACGGACAUAUUCAAGUGGUUAAAGCUCUCAUUGAUGCAGCUAGACUUUUGCCUUCUUCUUCAGCGAAUGAUGAUUCCCAUAAUACAGUCGGUUCUUUUCAGGGUUUUAUUAGGCAAGCUAAUGAUCCAGACCUGAACACCGCAUUACACCUUGCAGUGCUUAAUGGAAAAGUGGAAAUAGUUAAGCUCUUGGUAGAGGCAGAUCCAAAUGCUAGCCAUGUUCAAAAUAAAGAAGGCAAAACUCCAAUCUAUAUAGCUGCGGAAAAUGGGUACAAAGAUAUAAUAAAGGAGAUCUGUACAGCUUGCAGAGCUCUGUCUUUAGAUGGUCCGGGUGGGAGGACAACUGCUUUGCAUGCUCUUAUUGAGAAUAUGGACAGAGGAGGAGAGAUCGAUGUCAUUGGGAUGAUGGUUAACAGAGCCAAAUGUUGGAGUACUGCUCAGAAUGCAUCAGAUGCUGAUUUUAGAUCAUUAUUUAGUAAAAAAGACAAGUCAGAAAGAACUGUCUUACAACUGGCAGUGGAAAGAGAUGAUGUGAAUGCUGUUACACUGACACUACAAGAAGAUCCGGCCUAUCAACGUGGUGGUGAAAAGAAAAGAAAUGAUCUGAUGCGUUUAAUCUGCAAGGCCAUUGAUAACGAGUAUAGUCCUGAUAUUAUCAAGUCACUUUCUGAAACUUACAAAGAUGGAAUAAUCGACCAUGAUCCUAACCACGUGCUUGCUUUAAUCCUUGCGAUUCAUAAGCUUGAUAAAGAAUCUGUACUAAAUCUCUUGGAGAAGGCCAAAACACUUGUAACUUUUACUGAAGAUAAUGGGUGGACACCUCUUCACUAUGCAGUAUAUUACGAAUUUGAUUGGAUACUUGAUGCCAUAAUAAAAGCACAAAACGAUUUGGAACACCCAUUUGUGUUACAAGAGAUGGAAAAAACGCCAUUUUAUUUAGCUGUCAAACAUGGAUAUACUUCAACGUUGUUACGACUUAUGAAAUUAUGGCCAGCUUCAUCUUCUACUGAGGGCUCUCUAUACACAAUACGUACUCAAGAAGAUCAAAAUAUAUUACAUUUGGCAGCUGCGGCUGAUUCUGCUGAUAAAAGAAAAGCUGCUGCUGAUAACAGAAAAGAGAUGGUACAAGGUAUUCUCAAAUAUUGUCCGAAAAUGUACAAGGACGAUAUGUUGAAACAACCAGAUAGCAACGGUGAUACUCCUCUCCAUCUCAUUAUCUCCCAAGGUUGUUUUAUCCCCGAACUAGUAAAAUAUGAAGGACUUGAUACAAAAACAAGAAACAAGCAAGGCUUUACUCCUAUGGACAUGCUGUAUGUUAAAGAUGCCAUUGUUGAAGAUCAGGUGAAUAUUAAAAUUGCCCUCGACGAAGUCCAGAAUGAUCAAUCAGUUUGGAAGCGUUGGUUUAAACGAGCAGAGAAGGAAACAGAUAUUUGGAAAUGUAAUAAAACCACCCCAGGUAAACGAAAGAAUAAAGAUGUUAAAUUUGAGGUAGAGAAAAAAGAUUUAGAGCAAAAAAUGCAUAAACAGAGGAGAGAAGAUCUAGAAAGAUAUAAAACGAGGACCAACACCCAGAUAUUAGUUACUGCCCUUAUAACGACAGUAACUUUUACAGUAGGAUUCACGAUGCCAGGUGGUCUCCAUCAAAGUGGAGAGGUUGGAGAAGGUUUGGUUGUUCUGUCUAGAAGGAGAGCUUUUAACAUCUUCAUGAUGUCAGAUGCAUUAACUCUGCUAAUGUCAACGUCUUCAUUGUUCUUAUACUUCCUUGAAUCAAUGAAUGAUGAUCUCCACCAAGUUUCACUACUCAAUACCUCAUCAACCGUGCUCAACAUUCUUUCUAUUAUGGGGAUGAUGUUGACCUUCAUUUCAGGAACAUACGUGGUCUUAUCCGACUCCCCGGCUCUAGCCAUUGCUGUGUGCAUUACUGGUUCCCUCUUCUUUUUUCUUAUUCCUUUUCUGUGGAUUAUCAAGAGAGCAUAUAAUCAAUUUUCUUAAAUCAAUUUUCAAUUUUCAAUAUUUUCAAUAAUUGAGUAUGCAUGUUGUUAUUUCCAAUAAUUUCUUAAAUCAAUUUUCAAUUUUCAUGGUGUGUUGUAUACAAUUCCAAAAUCAAGUGAUAGAUAGUGGUGUACUGUAAAUCUGUACUUGAUACACGUUUAAGGAUCUUAACAGUAAGUAAUAUAUGCUAAAAAUGUCUGUUGUGUGAUUUCAACUGGUCUUGGUUUCCAUGUUUUAUGUUGUUCUGUAAUAU